UAUAUUUACUGUAUAUAGACGAACGGCCAUGACGUAGAGCCUGUGUAACCAUAGCCGUAACCGAUAUGGAUAUAACUGCAAAUAGACUAUUGCUAAGCUAAUGCUAGGUGAUUUUUUAGGGCUUAUCUCUAACGGAUAUAGGCAGCAUAUAAAAGUCAGUAGUUUUAGAUUUCAAAGACAUAUUCCGCUACUGCCGCUGGGCAAAGCAAAGUCGUUAACACUAAAGCUGACGGGAUUUACAACAUAAACAUGGACUGCAAGAAGUGCGCUAUUUUAUGGAUAUUAAUCGCCGUUGCUGCCGUGGCCAUAACCUUGGGUCUCGUCUUUGGUCUGCGCAAGAGCGAGGAGCGACAAAUAGGCGCUGUGGCUUCCAAUGGAGCAGGCUGCGCGGAGAUUGGUGGACAUAUGCUGGAGAUUGGCGGUUCGGCGGCGGAUGCAGCCAUUGCCACCAUGUUGUGUGAGGGCGUCGUAUUGCCGCAUAGUCUGGGCGUGGGUGGUGGCUUCAUGGCCACGGUGUUCAGCAAGGAGACGGGACGCGUGGAGACAUUGGUAGCCAGAGAAACGGCGCCAGCUGCUGCUUAUCGGGAUAUGUUUGUCAACAUGUCGACGGUGACGGGCGCCUUGUCCGUUGCUGUGCCUAGCGAGAUUUACGGUUAUUGGAAGCUGCAUGACAAAUAUGGCAAGUUACCUUGGGAGACGCUUUUCCGACCCACUAUUGAGAUGUGUCGUCAUGGAAUCAUCGUUAGCCGUUAUGUGGCGCGUGUGUUGACGUUGCAUGAGGAAGUUAUCAUGGCAGAGCCCAGCAUGGCGGAGAUUUUUGUUAAUCCUUAUACCAAUGAGCUCUAUAAGGAAGGUGAGAUCAUGUACAGACGUAUUCUGGCCGAUACCUUGGAGGUGAUCGCCACGGAGGGACCAAAGGUUAUCUAUCGUGGUGGACGCAUUGGUCGCAUGCUCGUCGAGGAUAUUCAGUCCAUGGGCGGUAUUGUUACCGAACAGGAUCUGCAGCAAUAUGAUGUGCGCUGGGAGAAGCCUCUGCGUGCCGUAUUCUCCAAUGGCCAUGAGCUGUACACCUCCCCGUUGCCCAGCAGCGGCGCCGUGCUCAUCUUCAUACUGAAUGUAAUGGAGUCCAUGUAUACGAGCAGUCGGGACAAGUAUUGGCAUCGCGUGGUGGAGACCUUCAAGCAUGCCUAUGGACAUCGCACCAAUUUGGGUGACAUACACUUUGAGCCAUCGGUGCGUGAGACUUACGACAAAUUGACGGAUCCGGAGUUCGCCGCCGAGAUACGUAAGCUAAUACGGGAUGAUCGCACAUUUACGGACAUGGCCUACUAUGGUGCCAACUUUACCAAUGAGGAGGAUCACGGCACUGCGCAUAUUUCGGUGCUGGCGCCCAAUGGUGAUGCCGUCUCCGUGACCAGCACCAUCAAUAGUCACUUUGGUGCCAAGGUGCGCUCCCGUCAAACGGGCUUCAUACUCAACGAUCAAAUGGAUGACUUCUCCACGCCCGGCGUCAUCAAUACCUAUGGCAUACCUGCCAGUCCAGCCAACUAUAUACAGCCCGGCAAGCGUCCCAUGAGCUCCACCUGCCCCAGCAUUGUGCUCGACUCCAAGGGCAAUGUGAAUCUUGUGGUAGGCGGCGCUGGUGGCUCCCGCAUCACCACCUCGGUGGCUCAAACCAUUUUGCGUUACUUUGUGUUGCGCGAGUCGGUCGAGGAUGCGGUCAAUGCUGGCCGCAUACAUCAUCAGCUGGCGCCCAUGGUAGUCGAUGUGGAACUGGACGUGCCCAAGCAUACAACACAUCAUCUCAUGUAUGUGGGCCAUGAGCUCAACUAUUUGCAGGAGAACAAGGCGUACUCCUCCGUCACAGCCAUUGGUGACAUGGACACUGAACCCUUUCCCGUCUGUGAUCAUCGACGCGUGGGCAGCGCUGUCGUCGUCGAGCCCAUUGUGGAUUAAUUACAAAUCUUAUACAUAAAUCUACAUACAUAACAUUAAAUGUGAUUUUAAAAUUU